CAUAGCCUGCAUGUCAGUGCAGUUAACUUGCAGCGGGCUGUGAGCACUAGUGUGUCUUUGUCCUAGGAAAUUUCCCUUGUUUCUGUUUUGGUUUGGUUUGUGUUGUUGUUUUUUUUUUUUUCUUCUUUUUUUUUUCCUUUUUUUUUUUUUUUUGUGUGUGUGGGUGGGUUUUUUUUGUUUGUUUGUUUUUUUUUUUUUUUUUUAAUUGGAAAAAGGACUUGAAAAGUUUUGAGACAGUCUUCUUUGUAUUGAAGGACACGGUAUACUUUAGUUUUCAGAAGUUUGGAAGGGGGAGCGUGUGUGUUUUAACCCCUCCAACUUUCCUUUAACACUUUGUUUUGAUUAGCCGAAGGCUGGGCCUUGUGCUACCGAAGUUGAGGAAGCCGGGCGCGCUCUCGGCACCAUUUCCCCGGCCUCCUCCUCCCUCAGCCCGGGCGAAAGCAAACGAGCUGGUCUUUUUUGCUAGCCCGAUAAAUGCUAUUUAUGAAGAUGGACCUGUUGAACUACCAAUACUUGGACAAGAUGAACAACAAUAUUGGCAUUCUGUGCUACGAAGGUGAAGCAGCUCUAAGAGGUGAGCCCAGAAUGCAGUCUCUGCCAGUAUCCUCCGCUCUCACCAACCAUCGAACAGGCCCUCCUCCUAUCAGUCCCAGCAAGAGAAAGCUCAGCAUGGACCAGGGGGAUGACGAGCUAGACUGUGAAAAUGACCACGUUUCUAAAAUGAGUCGAAUGUUCAAUCCGCAUCUAAACAAGACUGCCAAUGGAGAUUAUCGGAAGGAGCACAGAGAGAGGAGUCGCAGCCCCAUCGAGAGGGCCGCUGCCCCGACAAUGAGCCUUCACGCCAAUCACAUGUAUGCCUCAAUCCCAAGCUUGACCAUGGAUCAACCUCUAGCACUGACCAAAAACAGCAUGGAUGCAACCCGAACAGUUGGCAUCACACCUACGCUGACUUCUGUGGAACGGCAGCAGAACCGUCCAUCCGUAAUCACCUGCGCCUCCGCGAACAACCGGAACUGCAACCUCUCUCACUGCCCCAUUGCCCACAGCGGCUGCGGGUCCGCGGUGCCUGCCUACAGGAGACCCUCCAGCACUACCACUGCCUGUGACCCGGUGGUGGAGGAGCACUUCCGCCGAAGCCUUGGCAAGAACUACAAGGAGCCUGAGCCAGUGGCAAACUCGGUGUCCAUCACGGGAUCAGUGGAUGACCACUUUGCCAAAGCACUGGGGGAUACAUGGCUUCAGAUCAAAGCUGCGAAGGACGGAGUCUCCAGCAGCCCCGAGUCUGCUUCGCGGCGGGGCCAGGCUUCCCCUUCCUCCCACAUGGUCAAUCAUAAUCACUCGCCCUCCGUGGUCUCAUGAAGAGAGGACCCUUACGUUUGUGAAUUUGCAUGGUUUGACUGAGCUUUGAACAGUGCUUAAAAUAGUGUUGGGGGAGGGGAGGUUAGUUUUCAACACACGGUUUUGUGUACUCACUUUUUAUUUGUAAAAGGGUGCCCUUAAAGAUGAUAGCAGGAACUAUUUCAUAAAGAUUCAUACGAUGUAGCAUCCUUUUUUUCCUGCCUCAAUUACCAAAGAAACCUCUGAUGCAAAUCUGCUGCCCCUUAAAAAAAAAUAAUGCACGCUAAUCCACAAAAGCCAUUACACUUAGUUGGUUGACCCAAGUGCUUUUUGCUUUGACUAGCUUCUUGAGACUAGAAUUUGUCUGGUUUGCUUAUGUUGCCUUUUUUUUUUUUUUUUUUUUUUUUCCCUCUGUGAAGUAAUUUUGUAUGUAUAUACUUGAAAAGAACUGUCAUGUAUGAUUUGCACUAUUGGAGGAGGACUGAAGUUGCAUAGCAACUUUCUGGAAGAUGCUAAUAUUUUGAGGGCAAACUGCUGAAAAAAAAGGGUUUAAGGAUGACAUUUCUAUCAGUUUGAUUUUUCUUAAAGCAAAACAGCUUUGGAAGGGGAAGUCUCAUACAGGUUAUAGGUCUUUCUCUCUUUAGAUUUCAGGUGCUUAGUGCUUGCAACUGGACUGCAUCAUUUACAGAACACGGGCAUUUUUUCCUAAACACUGCAGUUUGUUAGAUUAGAGCUGAGGUUGGAGGGUUCAAUAGUGCUUAACGAUGCAUGUUUUAUGAAAAAUAGCUGGUAUCUAUUAAUGUAUAGACAGUAAGAAUCAUAAUACUUAUUAGCUUUUCUUCAAAAUUAGUUUAUUUUUGUCAGUAACAAUCCUAGAUAUACUUACUGCUGGUACAGUUGUACUCUAUGAUAUUUGUAUUUGAUAUUCACUUUAGUAGCAGCCAGCAAACGAGGACAGCCUCAGGACAGGCCUCGGAUGACGCAGUUAGAGACACCCGAUGCGUGGUACAGGAUGCUAUAGCUUUGCGCAUGACUGAGUAAUUGUUUCUGUCUGCAGCACUGUCUGCUUAACAGGAAUGUGCUUCCUGAAGCUAAGUCUGUGUAAUCCACCUUUAACUAGCUGCAGAAACUGCUACCGUUACGUAUCUUGGCUGGACAACAGAUUGUUACAGUUUGUGAAAUAGGAUCUUUAAUUUUUUUAAGCUUAUUCAUAAACCUAUGCCAAGUUGCAGCAUACAUUCCUCCAUUAGAAGACUUUAUACAGGUAUUACUGCAUUUAUUAUCAUUUGCUAUAUUAAUAGCUACUAACUAGAAAUUAGGCAGUAGAGGCAGGCAUAAAACCACAGCUGUGCUAGUACUACGAGCUUCUCUUCUUCUUGUUAAGUGUAACUACUCUCCCCCAUACAUUCCAUCUUCCCAGUACCGUUGCAGCUAGGGCUUUUUUUUUAUACUGGGUUACCUGAAACGAUUGGUUCAGUGUAGAAAGGUAGAACUAGUUGGAAGAUGAACUACACGUGAUGUAUUAUGGACUAUGUUACAGUAUUGGGUCCAUUGUGGCUUUUAUUUUAUGUUUGUUGUUUUUGUUUUGUUUUUUUUUUUAAAGUUAAGCUAUUUAAUUUGGAAAAGGUGCAGGGUAGAAAGAGAUCGGGAGAUUGGCUCUUGCUCUUGUUGAGAAGGUGGCUGCUCAAUUUUCUUUCAAAAAUUAAAAAAAAAAAAACGACACCUAAGCCCCCAGUUUUACACAUUUCACUACCAUCUUACUGGGUAGUCAACGCUUACUUGCUUUGGCAUUCAGUACCCUACUCUCUGUAGGACGAUUGUUAAAAGAACACUUUUUUAUAUAGGUAACUUUAAGACCAUCGUUACGCUGUGCGUAAAGAAUGUACAGAGAAAUUUGUAGGUAUUUUUUGAGGAACAAUUAAUUUGUUAAUGAUAUGUAGCUAUUUAAUUUUUCCCUUUCCUUUAUUGUAAUCAUUCAUUUUUUUUGUUUGGAGAAAAAAGUUGAUCUUUUUUUUGUUGUAGAUUUGUCUGUAAUACAGUAAAAGUGCAGGAACACAGUUAUUCUAUGAGAACACUGCAUUAGCAUUAAUAGCCACUAGUUUGUUAUUGCUACAGGCUACUGAGCAUUAUAACAGUAAAAUACUAAUACUGUAGAUGGACUCUGUGGAAAAUGUGACUCCUAUAUUUCUUUGUAAACACAAAUAAGAUAAUGUUUUUAAAGCUAAUAUUUUCAAUAAUAGCUGUUUUACAAGGUUACAUUUACUUAUCUGAGAUAGGUAAAUGGAUUUGAGGGCAAUAAAGAUUUAAUGUGAUAUGUCCAGUAAAACAUAUAGUAGACACAAUACUGUCACGGAAGCCAAAGGGUUGGGGGGAGGUGGAAGGAAACUAAACUGAACUCGCCAUCCUGAGACGUGGUGAAGUUUCUUCACAGAGCCAGGUUAUCUACAGUUCAGUCUGAAAGAUUCUCUCUGUGUUUGUAAAUCUGUAAUAUACCAUUCUUUUGUGGCCUUGUUUCACCUGGGAAAAAAAAAGGUUUGGCAGGCCAUCUUUUUUUUUUUUUUUUUUUUGUACUUAAAAG